AUGUCUGACGUGCCAGACCUCAGCAGUGACGAAGAGCAUUUCGAAGAUGAAGAAUGGCAGGAAAUGGAGAGCACCAACACAAUGGUAACAUGCCUAUUUUGUAAUAACACUCUGUCAAAUAUAGAAGAUGGAUUUUCUCAUUGUGAGAGCGUACAUAACUUUUAUUUGAAUAAUCUGAAAACAAAAUUUAAUAUGGACUGCUAUUCGUACAUAAAAAUGAUAAACUUUAUUAAAACACAUAAACCCGCCGCAGAGGUUAUAACAAAUAGUACGACCGUUCUUUGGGAUGAGGAGAAGUACUUGAAGCCAGUAGAAAAUGAUGAUUGGUUGACGUACGAUUUUGAGUCACUAACUGACAAACCUAGCUCUCCCAAGACUUACCAUGCUAAUGUCGAAAAUGGAUUAGUAACAUUGUCACAAGCUCACUUUCUAGAACUUCAAAGGACUAUUCAAACUUUGACACAACAAUUAAACGACAAUCAGACUCGUUUACAACUGGCGAAGGAGGAUAUAAAUACUAUGCAACAGUCGAUGAAAUCUAUAGUUGAAGGUGGAAACUCAAAUCUGAAUAAUGGUUCAUCUGUGAUUGUAAAUUGUGUUUCAAGUGUACCUCUAGAAAGUGAUGAAGGGUAUUUUAGUACAUAUGCCCACUUUGGAAUUCAUUACGAUAUGCUCUCAGACAAGGUUCGUACAGAAACAUAUAGAAAUGCAAUACUGAACAACAAGGAAACAAUUAAAGAUAAAGUUAUUUUAGACCUUGGUUGUGGUACAGGAAUUUUAUCUAUGUUUGCCGCAACCGCUGGAGCCAAGAAGGUUUAUGCUUUGGACCAGUCUGAAAUAAUCUAUCACGCUAUGGAUAUUAUAAGAGAAAAUAAUUUACAUAAUGUUAUAAAAACAGUUAAAGGUAGAUUAGAAGAUACUAAAUUAGAUGAAAGGGUUGAUAUUAUUGUUUCCGAAUGGAUGGGAUAUUUUUUGCUGUUUGAGGGAAUGUUAGAUAGUGUAAUAUAUGCAAGAAACCAUUGUCUUAAACCUAGUGGCCUUCUCUUACCAAAUAGGUGCAACAUAAGCCUUGUAGCUAAUGGAGACAUAGACACACAUAAACGGUUAAUUGAAUUCUGGUCUGAUGUCUACGGUUAUAAAAUGAAUUGCAUGAAGUCUGAAGUAGUGAGAGAAGCUAGUAUUGACAUAGUUGGAUCUAAACAUGUAAUUUCAAAACCGUACAUUAUUAAAGAAAUCGAUAUCAACACUUGUAAUAUUGAUGUAAUGGACUUUACAUCAAAAUUUAAACUUCCAAUUGUAAGAGAUGGUGUAUUGACAUCUCUUGUAGGUUAUUUUGAUACAUUUUUUGAUCUGCCUAAUUCCGUUGAGUUUUCUACCGGGCCCCACACAGCACCAACUCAUUGGAAGCAAACUAUUUUCUAUUUCAGAGAUUGUAAAGAGGUUAAACAGGGAGAUGUUAUUGAAGGUACUAUCAUUUGUAAUCGUCAGAAAACAGACGUUAGAGCUUUGUCCGUUCAAAUAAAUAUAUUUGGUAAAAGUCAUAAAUAUAUUCUUAGCUAA